AUGCAAUUACUAGAAGAUAUUAACGACACCGAUACCUUAUUAAACAAGCAACCUAUCAAAAGAAUAUUGGACUGGCAUGAAAUACCAACUUGGAUGCAGGACAAUGUCUAUAUCACUGGUGGAUAUAGAAGACAGUCCAAUAGCUACCUUGAAUGCGUUCAAAGUUUAUUUUAUUUACAUAACGAAUCUAUAAACAUAUGGAGUCAUUUUUUGGCCUUUCUCCUCUUCAUAGGCAUUGGAUUCCACUUUUUAUGGUCAAAUCCACUUGCCGAUUCUCUAACGUCCUUUGAUUAUACCUAUUUCUUUGUCUUUGUUGCUGGUGCGCUUACUUGCUUAGGAUUCAGUGCUAGUUUCCAUUGUUUUUCUUGUCACUCAGAAAAAGUUGCGGCUACCUGGAAUCGAUGUGAUUAUGCUGGUAUCACUACUCUUAUAGUUGGCUCGUUCUUUCCCAUGAUUUAUUAUGGUUUUCAUUGCCAUCAGACUCUUCAAAGUGUUUAUCUAUCCAUCAUUGUUGCUUUGGGUGCUAUUACUGCUACAGUCACCUUGUUAAAACAUUUUCGUACGCCUGCCUAUAGAUGGGUAAGAGCUCUCCUGUUUAUUUCUUUAGGACUUUUUGGUGUUGUACCUACCCUUCAUGGCAUCAUUAUAUAUGGCCUAAAUAAUGCUGUAAGAACCAUAUCUCUAAGUCACUUGAUUCUCAUGGCUUUAACUUACAUUGUGGGUGCAGUCAUUUAUGGAGCCAGAUUUCCUGAACGCGUCAAACCUGGCAUGUUUAACUAUUUUGGUGCAUCUCAUCAAAUAUUUCACGUCUGUGUCGUGAUUGCACUAUUGGCUCACUAUUUUGGUGUCCUGAGCGCUAUGGCCUUUUGGCAUGAUCCAAUUAACCAAAAGUUCUGUUCUACACUGUUUUCAUAA